GAAACCAAAAACAAAAACAAAAACAAAAAAUGGCCCCCCCCGGCAUCAUCUCCGUCGUGUACCCCUCAGCCGCCAAGUUCGACAUGGACUACUACCUGCGCGUGCACAUGCCGCUGGUGCAGAAGAACUGGGCCAGCUUCGGCCUCGUCGACUGGAAGGUCGCCCACUACACCGCCGACGACGCCGGCUUCGUCUCCGUCCAGGCCUGGCUCCAGUUCGAGGACGUCGCCCAGUGGGCCGUCGCCGCCAGCAGCGUGCCCGGGAAAGAGGUCUUUGAUGAUGUGAAGAGGUUCACGGAUGCGACGCCGAAGGUGCUGGUGGGUACGUUGACCGGGGGGCAGGGGGCGUAGGUAGAGGAGAUGAAGGGGGGAGGGAGGGAUUGUGUACCUAACUAACAUCGGUUUUUUUUUUGGUUUCUUGAGAGGAGAGUUUCCAUUACGCGUGGUAACAUAGGCUUUUAUGAGUUGUGCAACUAUAAGCUCUUCAGGGAUGGCAUUUCUGGGUUAUUAUAGCAUAUAUACGCAUGACUUUAACGCGUGACUUUAGCCAAUGCCCCAAUGAGCAAAUCCUACCUGUCAAUGUUCCCCUAU